CAUCUACAUAUUUAAAACCUCCAACCACCAUUUUUUUUAAUAUUUCUGUUUCCAUACUCUCGGAACCCUCUUUGAUCCAAGAAUAUCUAGAGAGAGAAACCUUGGCCUGUUGUUCGUUUUUCUAGAGAGAGAAGGAUGGGAGAAGAAGAGGAGGAAGAAGAAAAGAGAGCUAUCUUGCACACACCAACAUGGGCAUUGGCUACUAUUUGCUUAAUCUUGAUUGCUGUCUCUAUUCUUAUUGAAUAUUCUAUUCAUCUCUUAGCUAAGUACUUGACCAAGAAGAGGAGGAGGUCUCUCUUUAAAGCUCUGGGCAAUAUCAAAUCAGAGCUGAUGCUUAUGGGGUUUAUCUCUUUGUUUCUUACUGUUACUGAAGAACAUAUUCCGCAUAUUUGUAUUCAGAAAAGCUUGGCUUUUCAUUUUCUUCCUUGUAAGAAUAAUGAUUCUCAUGAUGAAAUUCAGACAGAGGAAGCAAGCAAAUGUGAAGAGCAGGAUAAGAUGUCUUUGAUAACUAGAGAUGGUGUCCAGCAAAUCCAGCUUUUGAUCUUCUCUGUAGCUUUCUUUCAUAUUCUCUCAUCGUUCCUUACUUUCAGUCUUGGAAUGGCUAAGAUGAAAAGAUGGGAAAUUUGGGAGGCAGAAACAAGAACUUUUGAGUAUAAAUUUUCUAAUGAUCCUAGGAGGUUCCAGUUCACACAUCAAACAUCCUUUGGGAAACGGCAUCUGAAAUUUUGGAGCGAGUAUCGUUUUCUUCGUUUGCCGGCUUCCUUUUUCCGACAAUUCUUCCAAUCAGUCUCAAAAGUAGAUUAUUUCAUUCUUCGGCAUGGAUUUAUUAUGGCCCAUUUUGAAGAAGGGAGCGAAUUUGACUUCCAGAAAAAUUUGCAAAGAGCUCUGGAUAAAGACUUCGGAGUUGUGGUGGGUAUAAGGCUGUGGACAUGGAUGUUUGCUGUACUCUUUAUAUUCUUCAAUGCAGAUGAAUUUUACAAUGAUCUCUGGCUUCCCUUCGUUCCACUAGUGAUGCUGUUGGUGGUAGGCACAAAGCUACAAGGGAUGAUAACAAAAAUGGGAUUGGAUACAAAAGAUAAAUCACUAGUUGUCAGAGGAACUUUGCUUGUUAGGCCCAGUGACCAUUUUUUCUGGUUUGGUAAACCAAAAUUACUUCUCCAUCUCAUGCACUUCAUUUUAUUUCAGAACUCCUUUCAAGUGGCAUUCUUCACAUGGAGUUCGUAUGAAUUUGGACUAAAAUCUUGCUUCCAUCCGAAACGUAUAGAUAUUGCCAUACGAGUUGUCACUGGUGUGGUAGUUCACAUCCUCUGCGGCUACGUAACUUUGCCGCUAUAUGCUUUGGUUACACAGAUGGGUACAUCAAUGAGGAAAUCUGUUUUCCCCGAGGGAGUGGAAGAUGGUCUUAAGAAAUGGCGAAUGAAGGCAAAGAAAAAUGUAGCUAGAAGAAGCGCUACUAAUUCUGCUCUUACCUCUUUAAAUGCUUCACCACAAACUUCAUUACACCCUCUGCCAUCUUUUACUUCUACAAGGGGCCACUCCUUAUCGCUAAAAACUGAUGAUCCUCCUAUGGAUGAUGGGGAAAUUGUCGUAGUUGAAAGUGCUGAAGGUGUUGGGAGGGAAGAAAACGGGGAUCAUAAAAGGUUAGGAUCUUUUGAGUUUAGAAGAUUGUGAUUAAUUAGCACUAUGUUGUGAACAGAAUUUAGAAGCAUCCUUCCACGAGAUUUUCCCUUUUCUUCUGUACCAGUGAAGAGGAAAGAGGAUGCUGGAGAGAAUUAUUAUGUGAAUUAAGGUGUAUAGCAUUGAAAAUAGACCAUGUAUAACUGUGCAACAAAUUUUUGUUCUGACUAAUGUUUUCUAUAUUGGUCACAAUGAGAAGUGAAUAUAGUUUUGA